AUGGAAAUACAGUACGGUGGGUAUGAUAAGGUUGGAUUUACAACAAGGGACUUGUAUAAUUUCUGCCAUCACAAUAAGGUGGAGACAGUUGCUGCUGGUGGUGCUCAAACAAUCAUCAGUAACCUGACAGAAUGCAGACGUUGGGAUCUUGAUUUCUUCUUCGACUACAAGACUGAUGAGAAAGGGCACCUCAAGGAACUGCUCUGGUGUGAUAGUCAAUGUUGGCUUGAUUAUGCAUCAUUUGGUGAUGUCGUCAUAUUUGAUAACACGUACAAAAUGAAUCAGUACAACCUGCCCCUUGUCCUUUUGUUGGGGUGA